CCCGCACAUCUGUCCAGAAUCGGCAGCCGUCUCCGCUAAGAAACACUAGUAUCCAGCAAGAAGGAAAUAAGCGACAACAGCAUGGCAGAAGGCAGCAACUCGCCUGCUGAAGGUUACCUUGAGUGGGCACAGGAGGAGCUCGGGGUAGUUGUCCACCACCCCUUGCGAGUGUCUUCCACGCCCGGAAAGGAGGAGAGGGGUGUAUUUUGCGAGGAGAAUAUCCCAGCGGAGACAAUUGUCGUGUCCGUGCCGUGGGAGGCUCUCAUGACCGUGGACAGCGCCAAGGGCACGCCGUUCGAGGGCCUGAUGGAGGCAGGUGCAAGGGAAGACGACGUGCUUUGCCUCCUCCUCCUCUACCACCGCCACAUCCUGAAAGAACGCUCUCCGCUCAAGGGGCACAUGGAUGUCCUCCCGCGAGAGUACCACCAGACCAUAUUUUACUCCGACGACGAGCUGGAGCCGUUGCGCGGCACGAGCCUACACGCGGUGACGGUGCAGUGGAAAGCCCAGGUGGACACCGACUUUCGGGAGCUCGAGGCGUUGCCGCUUUCCUCGCCACGUUCGGAAGAGGGCGGCUCCUCUACGGUGCGGGACGUGCUCGAAGGUUUUCUCACCAAGGAAGAGUACCUCUGGGCACUUGGUACGGUGCGUGACGCGAACGGUGCGGGCGUAAAAAGACAUGCCGCCGUGUGA